AUGGAUGAUGCAAGCGAGCAAUUCCAAGUGCUUUUCAGCGACAUGUCCGCCUUCGUGACAGACUGCAUGGCGGGCCACGAUCCUUCGCACAAUCCAGCCCAUGUCCACAGGGUGGUUGCUCUCGCCAAAGAAAUCCUGGAAAAAGAGCGGAGCAUCAACACAACGACAAAUUACAAUGGCGCAGUCGUCAAAUUAGCAGCACUCCUGCACGAUAUCGGAGACAGAAAAUACCUGUCGAAAUUGGAGCCAGGACCUGGAGGUGAAGCCCCAGAUCCUAAUACCAUGGUCCAGUAUGCUCUUCUUGCACGAGGCGCGCCACAUGAACUAGCCUCACGAGUCCAAACCAUCGUGUCCCACGUGUCCUACACCACCGAGUGCAAGGACCCGGCUGUGAUCCGUCGAUUAAUCGACCGAGAAGGUUUUGUGGAGCUUGCAGUUGUUCAAGAUGCCGAUAGGCUAGAUGCAAUUGGUGCCAUCGGGAUUGGAAGGUGCUUUACUUUCUUGGGUGCUGUCGGCAAGAAGUAUUGUGUUGAUGGGAAGUGGGAGAUGAAUAAUUCCAUCGAACAUUUUGAGGAUAAGCUAGUGAAGCUUGAGGGAAUGAUGAAGACUUCAACAGGAAGGGAGAUGGCCAAGGUUAGAACCGAAAGGCUCAAAAUAUUUGCAGGGUGGUGGGAAGAAGAGAUGCAUAUGCACGCACCUCCUCCGCCUCGGAUGACCACUGUCAUCCGCCGGCGAAGAGGGUAUAAACCAUUUCCAUACUUCGCAACAAUGGCUGAUGCACAAUUUGACAGUGCGCUCGAUUUACUUCGGCGCCUAAACCCCCGCGAUACCAAGGCCAACCUCCAGGCUAUUACUUCGAUCGUCCCCGAACUCACCGAAGACCUCCUCGCCUCUGUCGAUCAGCCCCUGGAGAUUCGCCGGUGCCCGCAGACCAACCGCGACUACCUGCUCUGCGAUUACAACCGUGACGGCGAUAGCUACCGUUCACCAUGGAGCAACGAGUUUGAUCCCCCACUGGAGGAUGGUACCGUGCCCAGCGAGCGAGUGCGCAAGCUCGAGAUUGCUGCUAACGAGUCGUUCGAUGUUUAUCGCGAGUUGUACUACGAGGGUGGUGUCGGAAGCGUGUAUUUCUGGGAUCUGGACGAUGGAUUCGCCGGUAGCUCCGGUGAAUGGGACAGCAUUCACGUCUUCGAGGCCACCGACCGUGCUCGCAUGUGCCACUACAAGCUCACCAGCACCGUCAUUCUCCAUUUGGCCAACAAAACCGAGGCACUGGGCGAAAUGGACUUGAGUGGAAACAUGACUCGCCAGGUUGAGGUUGACCUGCCGGUUGAGUCGGACGCCAGCCACGUUGCCAAUGUUGGCAGACUGGUAGAAGACAUGGAACUGAAGAUGCGCAACCUGCUCCGUAUGCUCUUGCUGCCCGAUCGAACGCAGUGGAUAUUUGCUAACCUGGACUUCUACAUUACAGAGGAGGUGUACUUCGGCAAGGCAAAGGAUGUUGUUGGCGAACUGCGCAGUCUUGGGCCUUUGUCCGCUGCGAACAGAGACCGUGAAACUCAGCGGGAGAUGAUUGCGUCCAUGCAGAAGUAA